UACAAUCACUGACGACGCGGUCCUUCGUCCCUCAUCGAUCCCUAGCUAAUCCCUACAUAAAGCUAGCAGCCUCGCGUCCCGAAGGAAGACGCAGCUUAAAACCACACCAAAACCCCAUCGCUCGAGCUAGCGGCGACGAGCGCCACAUUCAAAGAAGAGAGCUAGCUUAGUUAUACACUUGUACUUCGAUUGGUCAUGGCGGAGCGCAACCUCGCGCCGACGUGGGUCGCCACGGCCAGCUUCGGGUUCCUCACGCUCAACUCCGGCCUCGCCAUCUACAGCGCCAGGGGCGACCCCGCCUCCGUCCUCUUCAUCGUCGGCUCGUACCUCGCCCUGCUCCUCCUCUUCCGCUGCCUCCGCGCCUACGAGCGCGCGCCGCCCGGGUCCCCGGAGAGGGAGCGGGCGAGGCGCGCCGUGUGGCCGUUCACCACGCUGCUCACGGCGGCGUUCUCAUCUCCACGAGCUGGAGCUGCUGGAGCUGGACAUCCCAUGGAGCGGCAAGUCGCGGCGCUAAUGAUGGCAGCCUUCGGCGCCAUGGCCUGCGACUCGGCGCUUGCCGUCCACGACGCCUGCGGCGGUGGCGUCGUCUCCGCGGCGGCCGUGCUCGUCGCGUACGCCGCGCUCCUGGCACUGACCUUCCGCUUCCUCCGUGCGUUCGCAGGCCGUGCGCGCGGGGUCGGGCACGAACAGGACGAUGAAGGCCGCGGUGUGACCGCUGUCGACGCUGUUCGUCUGGACUAUGGUUGAGUGGGUGGUUUGUUCUUUAGUAACGCGUUCAGUUGAAGUGGCCCGCCGUCGCUUCACUCUCUUCUUAUUUCCCGUGUACCUGCAUGGUAGGUGAAACAUGUUUGCUUGCUUUAUUUGAAUAUAAAAAGCAUCUCUCUUCUCA